AUGCCGCGGCGCGGCGCCCCGUGAACGCCGUCAAACGCCAUCAUCUUGAGAAGCGAACAACGAGAGAAACAGGGGCGGGCAUGCGAGAAUUUAUGAAUUCUCAAGUGUUAUCUAAAGUCUUUGGCCAACAACACUUUUCUCUCUUCACGUUGGAAAUGGUUGAAAAGCAUUGAGCCGUAUUGGACAAUUUUAGCGCCUCAGAUUGACAACACUGGUUACCAUCACCCUGCUUUAACACGUUCUCUACUCUCUAGUACUUCUAGCCACACACAAAAAAACAUGGCGCUUGUUUCUUCAAGAAUGAUGUUUAAUCCCGUGUUAAAACAGACUCUUAAGCAAGUUAUCUUCGCCAAGCAACUGCUAAAAUGUCAAUGUCGUCAAUUGAACAAUCGGCUAUUCCUUCCAACUGUUACCAGUCAAAGAUUCUAUGCUGUACGUACAGAAAAGAAGGUAUUCAGCCGCGAUAAACCACAUUGCAAUAUAGGCACUAUAGGUCAUGUAGAUCAUGGCAAAACCACUCUGACAGCAGCUAUUACCAAAGUCUUGUCUGAGAAGCAAUUAGCAAAAGCUAAGGGAUAUAGUGAAAUCGAUAAUGCUCCUGAAGAAAAGGCUCGUGGCAUUACCAUUAAUGUCGCACAUAUUGAAUAUCAAACAGAAAAUCGUCAUUAUGGACAUACAGAUUGCCCAGGUCAUGCUGAUUACAUAAAAAAUAUGAUAACAGGAACUGCUCAAAUGGAUGGCGCUAUACUGGUCGUCGCUGCCACGGAUGGUACAAUGCCACAAACUAGAGAGCAUUUGCUUCUUGCUAAACAAAUUGGUAUCGAGCAUAUCGUUGUGUUUAUUAACAAGGUCGAUGUUGCUGAUUCAGAAAUGGUAGAAUUAGUAGAAAUGGAAGUACGAGAGUUGUUUUCUGAAAUGGGUUACGACGGCGAUAAUAUUCCAAUAAUAAAAGGUAGUGCGCUUUGCGCACUUGAAGGAAAAAGUCCUGAAAUAGGUUCACAGACUGUUCUGCAGUUGUUAGAAACAGUAGAUAAACAAAUCCCGACUCCAAUAAGAGAAUUGGAUAAACCCUUCUUACUUCCGGUAGAAAAUGUAUAUUCUAUUCCUGGUAGAGGUACCGUGGUUACUGGUAGACUAGAGCGUGGUAAAGUGAAGAAAGGGACGGAUUGCGAGUUUAUUGGUUAUAAUAAAGUUUUUAAAAGCGUAAUCACAGGUAUAGAAAUGUUCCAUCAGAUAUUAGAGGAAGCCCAUGCCGGAGAUCAACUUGGCGCUCUAGUAAAAGGUUUAAAGAGAGACGAAGUAAAAAGAGGCAUGAUAAUGUGUAAACCUGGUUCUAUGAAGGCGUACGAUCACAUAGAAGCGCAAGUGUACCUGUUGAGUAAACAAGAAGGUGGUAGGAAAAAACCGAUUGCGAAUAUGAUACAAUUACAGAUGUUUUGUAGAACGUGGGACGUUGCAGUGCAAUGUUCGAUAGUAGGAAAGGAUUUAGCCAUGCCAGGAGAAGAUAGCACACUCGUACUAAAGUUGCUAAGACCAAUGGUAUUGGAGAAGGGACAACGUUUUACACUACGAGAUGGGAUGGUAACUCUAGGAACUGGUGUAAUCACUAACACUCUGAAAUCACUUACGGACUUCGAGCGACAGAAUAUUCUCGAGGGCAAAAAGGCGAUAUUGAAGAAGGACAAAAAAGCGCAACGAAAUUAAACUCAAUAAAUAUCUGUUACAAAAUAAAGCAGAAUUGUGCUGUGUAAUAAAGAAAAUAUAAAUCAGCUUAGUGAAAGUUUGAUAAGAUGCGCAAGAUAUGACCAUCAUAGAUAAUAUAAUAAUAGACGUAUACAUAAUUUACGUAUUUAAAGAACGCAUUUCGCUACAUUGUAAAUUGUAUAAUUUUAGUCAUUAACAAGUAUCAAUUCAAUUAUAUAUAUUGAGAUAUAUAUAUAUGUGUGUGUGCGCGCGCGCAGGAUGGCCCUCGUAAGUGUUACAAGCUAUUAUCUCUAAAAGUAUGUGUCAAAUGAAAAAUAUAUUCAGACAAAGUUUUUAACUUCGAGGGGAACAUAAAAUGGAACUAUUGAUUUGAUGUUGCCAAAGUUAGGGCAAGAUUAAUUUGAAUUUUUUUAAUGACAUUCCCCACUUUUCAUUACAUAUUCUUGUAGCACACCUCAAGAGCUUUUCAAAACACUAUAAUAAAAUAUUUUUUCAUGAAGUACUUUUCAAGUCGUUAGGUAAAAUGUUAAUGUUAACAAUAUUGUAACUUUCAAGCCUUGUAAUAAAAAUGGUGUGGGUUCUAUUUAAAAAUUUUAAAGUUACUUUUUAUCUUAAUUUUGACAUGGCCACCUAAAGUCAAACCAAUAGUUCCAUCUUAUGUCCCCCUCAAAAUCAUAAAACUUUUGUCUGUGAACAUAUUUUUCACUUGACAUAUACUUUCAGAGAUAAUAGCUUGUAACACUAUGUGGGCCAUUCUGUGUGUGUUUAUAGAAUAUUGCUUUCAUUCUUUCUUCAGUUUUCAUGUAUCUGCAUUGGUAGAUGUAUUGUAUAAGUAAAGUUUUAAAUAAACAAACCAUUAAAUUAGUAAAAUGGAUUACACGAAUUAAUAUGAAUCUGAAGGCAUUGUAGCUUCAAAAACAGUUUGAUAAUUUAUUAAAGUUCAUACAUCAGCGUGAUACAAUCUGCUUCAAGCAGAACAAUGAAACACUAUUAGAAGUAUACAAGAAUUAAAUAUACAUGUUGCAAUGUGUUAUUCCCAGUUCCUUUCUAUGUUAGAUAUUCAGCGGUGUAAUGUAUUUUUUCUAUCAGAUUUCUCGAUUAAUGGGAAUGGAUUUCAAAGGAAAAGGUUAACAAUUUCACACUCCUAACACAGAACGGAUUUCCUUGUGUAGAAAAAAAACAAUUCAUAUAAUUUAAGUUGAACAAAUCAUACAUACAUCUUUUGCUUAUAAAAAUAGCAAACAGUCCUUGUCGAAACGGGACAGACGCAACAGGUUACGAAUCUGUUUCACUUCAAUCUCGAAACAUUCUUUCUAUUAAAAUAGAAGACUACACCACGGGAGAUGCUUACUCACGAAAGAUGGUCGCUCUCUCAACAUUCGUACCUUUCAAUUUACACACUAGUAAGUUUCUUAAGCAGUUUCAUCAAGAAAGUGUAUAUAUGGCAUAAGGUAGUUUUUUUUAAUGAUACUUCAGUCCAGUUUUAUUUUGCUGUCCAUACUUAAGUAUGUAAACAGUGACUUCUAAUAUUAAUUUUGUAAAUAUCGCAAGAUUCUUUCUCAUAAAUUAAUCACUGCAUACUGAUCUACUAUGUUCAAUCGAGAGCAAACGUGUUAUCUUGUUCUAUCGUAGCGAGAUUGAAGUGACUUGCACCGUCUUUAGCGAUUGACCGAUUAGCCAAUUGCUAUAGAAAAUGUAUCUGGAUUUACAAGAAGACGCAUUUGAUGCCAGUGCAGUUCUAUUUGCUACAUUUGAACUUGACAGCAUUUUGCUCACAAUUUUAUCCGUUUCAGAAUUGGCAGUUUUUAUCUAUACUUUGUGUUAGGAAAGUAUGAAAAUAAAACAAAAAUAAAAAACACAUGAUGUUACUUUUUAUAUGCCUUAAAGUGGGUUAGCGUGAUUGUGUUUAAUAUACAGCACGCCUUACACAAUUCCAUUUCUUAUGUAUAUAUGUACAUACACACGCACGCACGCACGCACAUCUAUACAAACGAGCGAAUCUGAAAAUGUAAUGAAUUCUUUUUCGGUUGUUUCAUAUUACGUUGUAUCAGCUUCAAUCAGCUGGGUUCUAUGAAUUCGUAUCACAAGUCAUUUCCGCAGUUUCACCAUUAUUUUAUUCUGUUUCUAAUUUACGUGAUAAUAUAUCACCAUUAUUACAUAAGAAUUUUAUAAAAUCUAAACAUUCAAGUGCACAUCGCAUACACAAUCACACACAUGUUGCGCAUUCCGUAUUACAACGUAUUUAAGCGACCCGUCUUUAAG